AUGGGCAACCGGGGGAUGGAGGAUCUGAUCCCGCUGGUGAACCGGCUGCAGGACGCCUUCUCGUCCAUCGGGCAGAAUGCGAACCUGGACCUGCCGCAGAUCGCCGUGGUGGGCGGCCAGAGCGCGGGCAAGAGCUCCGUGCUCGAGAACUUCGUGGGCAAGGACUUCCUCCCCCGUGGCUCUGGCAUCGUCACCCGUCGCCCCCUGGUGCUGCAGCUCAUCAACUGCCCCACAGAGUACGCCGAGUUCCUCCAUUGCAAAGGAAAGAAGUUCACCGAAUUCGAUGAGGUGCGGCAGGAGAUCGAGGGCGAGACGGACCGUGUCACGGGGCAGAACAAGGGCAUCUCCCCUGUGCCCAUCAACCUGCGAGUGUACUCCCCCCAUGUCCUGAACCUGACCCUGGUGGACCUGCCGGGAAUGACCAAAGUGCCCGUGGGCGACCAGCCGGCCGACAUCGAGCACCAGAUCAGGGACAUGAUCAUGCAGUUUGUCACCAAGGAGAACUGCCUGCUGCUGGCCGUUUCCCCGGCCAACUCUGACCUCGCCAACUCGGACGCCCUCAAGAUUGCCAAAGAAGUGGACCCGCAAGGGGUCCGCACCAUCGGCGUGAUCACCAAACUGGACCUAAUGGACGAGGGCACGGACGCCAAGGAGAUCCUGGAGAACAAGCUGCUGCCGCUGCGCCGAGGGUACAUUGGUGUGGUGAACCGGAGUCAGAAGGACAUUGACGGCAAGAAGGACAUCUCAGCAGCCUUGGCUGCGGAGAGGAAAUUCUUCUUGUCGCACCCUGCCUACAGACACCUGGCGGAACGCAUGGGCACCGCCUACCUGCAGAAAGUGCUCAACCAGCAACUGACCAAUCACAUUCGAGACACGCUGCCCGGGCUCCGGGCCAAGCUGCAGAGCCAGCUGCUGUCCAUUGAGAAGGAGGUGGAGGAGUACAAGAACUUCCGCCCCGACGACCCGUCCCGCAAGACCAAGGCUUUGCUGCAGAUGGUGCAGCAGUUUUCCGUGGACUUUGAAAAGCGCAUCGAGGGCUCCGGUGACCAGAUCGACACCUAUGAACUAUCUGGGGGCGCCAGGAUCAACCGCAUCUUCCACGAGCGCUUCCCCUUCGAACUGGUCAAGAUGGAGUUUGAUGAGAAGGAACUCCGCAAGGAGAUCAGCUACGCCAUCAAGAACAUCCACGGCAUCAGGACGGGACUCUUCACCCCGGACAUGGCCUUUGAGACCAUUGUGAAAAGGCAGAUCGGGAAGAUUAAAGAACCAUGCCAGAAAUGUGUGGACAUGGUCAUUUCUGAGCUUGUCAGUACCGUUAGGCAGUGUACCAAAAAGCUGGCUCAGUACCCCAUGCUGAGGGAGGAGAUGGAGAGGAUUGUCACCCAGCACAUCCGUGACCGCGAGAGCCGUACAAAGGAACAGGUGAUGCUCCUCAUUGACAUAGAACUGGCCUACAUGAACACAAACCAUGAGGACUUCAUUGGCUUUGCCAACGCUCAGCAGCGGAGCAACCAGAUGAGCAAGAAGAAGGCAGCUGGCAAUCAGGAUGAGAUCAUGGUGAUCCGCAAGGGCUGGCUGACCAUCAAUAACAUCGGCAUCAUGAAGGGAGGCGCCAAGGAGUACUGGUUUGUCUUGACAGCUGAGUCCCUGUCCUGGUACAAGGACGAUGAGGAGAAGGAGAAGAAAUACAUGCUGCAGGUGGACAACUUGAAGCUGAGGGAUGUGGAGAAGGGCUUCAUGUCCAGCAAGCACAUCUUCGCCCUGUUCAACACCGAGCAAAGGAAUGUGUACAAGGACUACCGGCAGCUGGAGCUGGCCUGCGAGACGCAGGAGGAGGUGGACGGCUGGAAGGCGUCAUUUCUGCGGGCCGGCGUAUACCCAGAACGCAUCACGGAGAAGGAAAAGAAUGACACCGGGGAUGAGAAUGGCUCCGAUGGGUUCAUGCACUCCAUGGAUCCCCAGCUGGAGCGGCAGGUUGAGACCAUCCGUAACCUGGUGGACUCGUACAUGGCCAUCGUCAACAAGACCGUGCGUGAUCUCAUGCCCAAGACCAUCAUGCACCUCAUGAUCAACAAUACGAAAGAGUUCAUUAACUCGGAGCUGCUGGCCUGUUUGUACUCGUGCGGCGACCAGAACGCGCUCAUGGAGGAAUCGGCAGAGCAGGCACAGCACCGUGACGAGAUGCUACGCAUGUACCACGCCCUGCGGGAGGCGCUCAGCAUCAUUGGCGACAUAAGCACCUCGACCAUCUCCACUUCCCUGCCCCCGCCCGUCGACGACUCCUGGCUGCAGGUGCAGGGGGGUCCGUCCGGCCGCAGGUCUCCAGCGACCAGCCCCACUCCGCAGCGUAGGGCUCCACCAGGGCCUCCUGCUCGGCCUGGGUCCCGAGGCUCUGCCCCUGGUCCUCCUCCUGCUGGGGGGCCGCCGGUCCCCUCCCGUCCUGGAGCCUCCCCAGACCCCUUCGGAGGACCACCCCCGCAGGUCCCUUCUCGACCGAACCGUGCACCUCCCGGCGUACCCAGAAUUACAAUCAGUGACCAAUGAGGACUAACGCUAAGGGUAUGUCCGGUGUUGUCAUCGAGUAGCUGCCAUUUCACAUCAUCUCUCUGCAUGACCCCCACUUCCACUCAUCUCUUUAGACCCCUCUCCUAACCCCGCACUUGGACCUGCUCCCCUAGAUCUGCCCUCAAUCCCACCUUCGCGUAACACAACAAUCACAGCCCUUCACAAACACCAUGGUUCUGAUGAUGUACUAACAGGCCUGGUGUGUAUAGACCGGUUUCAAAAUGCUUGUCGAGUGGGUGAUGUUUGUGAGAAUCUAGAACCCUGAGCCAAUGCAAAUUUUUCAAGAUUACAUCACACACACACACACACACACACACACACACAGAGCCAGGUCGGGGCUCUUACUAAACACCAGUUAUUCCAGGCCACCACUUGUUUAAAUAGUCUCAUACCCUGACUCUGCUUGUGAGAAGUUGAGUGCAAGUGCAUCUUUCUGUUGAAUCCUUUACUGUCUUUAGGGAUUAGAUGAACUGCAUUUUCAACGGAUUAGGAAAACAAAGCGGAUUACAUCUGCAGGACACAUUUCUUGUCUAGUUCUAUGAAAAUUUUGAGAACUGCACUCACUAUACAGUUUGGGGGCAAAAGUUUUGGCACCCCUAGUUACAUGACAUGUCUUGUUGAUUUAGUAACUGAAAGGAAGUUAGAACUUCUGCAGAUCAGACGCACAGUCAGUGAAGUUCUGAGACUGGAUCAGGCUAUGGGUUUUGUCCCUCAGCUGGAGCACCUGGCAACUUGUCUAAGGUCCUCAGUGCAGAGGGAAACGGUGAUUGACGGCCAGUAACGAUCACUGAAAUCCACAGGAAAUGAGUCGACAAUGAGGAUGCGUUGCUAGGAGUUAGCAGUAAAGGUGACUCGCUUUGUGUAAUGGAAAAAUUACAGCUGACAUUACUGUUGUCUGUUGAACUCCAAGGGCUGCCCAGCUACCAUCAUGCAAUUCUGUAUGAAUGUGCGUGUGUGUGUCAAUGAGUCUGUGUCCUACAUACAAGUGUGAAUUUGUCCCAAGUGUGUCCUUGACAGCAUCCUGUCUUCUCUGUCUCUUUGUCUGUGUGUCUGUCCUUCUGUCUGUCUCCCCCUGCAGCCGCAGGGCCCCCUCCUCACCGACUCGACCCAACAGACCGACCGAGUCCUCCCUUUUAGACCUUUAACCCCUGGGGUCCGCUCAGGACACUGUCCCCAGGGCCAAGGCGCACCAUGGACGUAACCCUCUCCCUAACCCCACUUGGUUCCCUCUUCCUCUGCCUCCUGUGAACUGUUCCACUGCACUUACCACAACACACACACACACACGUGUCUGACAGCACAAUAAAUCCACUAAGUAAAAUAAAACAAUGAAAAACGGUAAUAAUGAUAGUAAUGGUUUUACAUAGUUGAGUGUUUUAGUCUAAGAACUACUGUUUCCUUUUCCUCCUCUUUAGGCUUAUUCAGGUCAGAGUGUUUGGAUCUUUUUUGGUAGAUGUAGACACUCGUUGUAGCUUUAUUUCCAAAUAUCCAUGUAUUGGGGGGGGGAAUCAAUAGCAAACCUACAAGCAGCUUGUAGCCUUGACACACCGGUCUGUUGUUCGUGCACACAGCCGUGCAGAUGGUGCGAGUGUGUACCAGCACUGUAGUUGUAUUGUAUUCUAUGCACGCACGUGGGCGCGCGCACACACACAUACAGGCUCGCUCUGCUCGUAGUUUUUCGUUCUGGGAAGGAAAAGAAAGAUUUAGCCUGGGUGCCCACCUCCGUUUUCUCCACCACUCCUCUAUGAUUUAGCGCCAUGGCUGUUUGCUGUUACGCUUUACUUUCUCUUUUGUUUUACUCCUGGACUGAUGUGCCUUCUUUCCACACUCUUUGGUUUUGGAGACCAGAUGCGUUAUCCACGGAGAUGGGCUGGGGAGCGGGAUAACUGCAUCUUUGAGACUCACCAUUCUCGUUUUAUCUCUCCGCUCAGAUCCUGAAAUUGUCCCUGGAAGCAGUGGCCAGGAAACGCGUUCCUCUGACCAUGGUCUCCUUGCCGUGUAAAGACAGCAGUGACCAACCCCGGUUCCCGGGGCACUGCAAUCCAGCAGCUUUUAAUGAGUACAGUUUAAUUAGAUCUUCAUGUAUACCUGGAACACCAGGUAACCUGCUAUUCGUGUUUUUACAUCAAGGAAUGAAAUAUGAUUGAAAAGCUAAAGAAUAAAGUUAUACGUUGCAGCCAGAGAAGAGCAGGGCUGGACUUGGCCGUGCAGAGAUCCAUCACUGGGCUCUGAAGGCUGUUGGAGCAGAAUGUUGGAAUUAGAAGCAUAAGCAAUAAUUGAAAACAAGAAGACCCUUGUUCACACUUAGCUCUAUGCACAGCUGGGGAAAAUGCACAUUUUCAGCAUUUUUUUGGACAUUCCAUUUCCUGGCCAGGUUGUUUCUGGGGAUUCUGCCCUAUUAUUCCUGUAUCUUAUGUUAACAUUUGCUUGUUUCUGGUUUAAAUUUUUUUUUCCCCAUCCCCCCCCCCCCACUUUUCCCCCCUUUUCCC